CAUCAUCAUCAUCAUCAUCGACAGUCUUCUCCUGCGAGUGCUAUUGCUUCAAUGCUCGCUGACGGGAGGCGUUGGAUGUAUUCUUAUCUCCCUCGACCGAUUACUGUUGAGUCGCUGGCUCCGCUAAGACCGACAUGCCGCCGUCGCCUCAUUGCGGCGUGUAUUGAGUCACCAAGCGAGACGCCCACUUUGGGAGAUUCUAGACCCACGGACGACCACACCUUACCCGUCUCAUGCUUAGGCCCAGCAUCCCCAGCCAAGGUGCUGUUGACCAUACUGCAUCGACGAACAGUCUCGAUCCUCCGCAGUAGCUGGUCAAGACCAAUCCUCCUCAGUGUUCAGUGCUGGGCGCUGCGGGGUGGUGUAUGGGUUCUUCAUAUCGCCGAGCCCGCCCCUCCAGCAUCUCGAAGCCUCCUUGGCCCAAUAACAGGCGGCGGACGGCUAAACGGAAGGUUGGAGAGCUGCCAAUACUGGUGCCACGGCCAGCGUAGGCGAUUGUGUAACCAGGAGCGGAGCCUGAUUCGUAACAGACGUUAUCGCCAGCGCAGGGAUGGUCGUCCGCCUGCUGCUUGCCAUUGGGCGGGAGCGCCAACCUGCAUGGUUGGUGCUGGAGUCUGGUGCAGGCCCGGCGGAGGUAGGGUGGAGUUUAGCGGGUGGGGAUUGGCUGUAUGCGCAUGGGGUGCGGACGGUGCGGACGAUAUGGUAUUCUUGGAUUGA